AUGAAGUUCCAUAUAAAUGUGGUUGCCCUGGUGGCAUUGAUCUCCUCAUGGGUCGUCGUCGCGUUUCCCACUGAAGCUAGGAACGAGGAUAUUGCUAUUGCGGAUUCUGCAACCCCAGAAACAACACAGGAGACUCCUGUCCAGACUGACAACGCUGACGAGGACGAGGAUGAGGAUGAGGACGAAAUAGCCGCUGUUUCUAGUUACAAGUACUACGGAAAAUACGCCAACUAUGGCACAUACCACUAUAACAAAUAUGCAACCUACCGCAGGUAUAGGCGUGACGCGACGCCGGAACCGGAAACUUCACAGGGGACUCCUGUCGAGGCUGACAACGCCGACGAGGACGAGGAUGAGGACGAAAUAGCCGCUGUUUCUAGUUACAAGGACUACGGAAAAUACGCCAACUAUGGCAAAUAUCCUCCCCCGGGAUAUGACCAGUACGGAACAUACGUAAAAUACCCGUCGAAGCGCAGUAGUUUUAGAUCUACAAAGUACGGUUCAUACGAUGACUACGACCCACCCAACAAUGGUAAAUAUACGGAUUAUCACUCCUAUAAACCUGACGGCCUUCCAGAACAGGGCAAUGAUGGCGGCAAGAGCAAUAAGUAUGGCUCGUAUAAUGGCUACGCACGGCCGAAUUAUGGCAAUUACACACACUAUCCAAAUUCCAGACGCGACAAAGUGGCAGACACAACUAUUGACUUUGCCAAAUACACCAAGUAUGGUAAGCCGCCCGGAGGCUACGAUAAAUACCCUGGCUAUGUCAACUAUGAGCGUUAUAAAGAGAGUGUUGCCAACACCGCUGAUGACACUCCUCCAACACGGUGGAAUUAUAGACGAGAUCUUGCUCCUCAGGGAGAGAGUUCUGCCGAUGCUGCUGGUACCGUUGUUUCAGGAGUGUUGUCUUAUGGAACUAUUGGUCCGUUCGGAGUAAAAAGGCGUGAGAUGGCCCCGGAGAGUGACACACAGGAUAGAAAAUAUGCAAAAUAUGGGGGCAAAAUAUUGCCAUAAAUCUCAGUAAAG